AUGGAUGAUUACGCGUCGGAAAGUGGAGCUAGAGAGAGAAAGAAAGAGGAAGUAUACAUAGAUGUGGAUGAAGAUAUUGAAACAUUCGAGCUACAUGAUUUCAGUGAAUUUUUCACAAUUUCGACUGCAUUUGAUAGUAAAGAUGCACUAGUCGAGUGGGCGAUGAAUAUGGCCAUCAGUCAUGGACAUGAGAUUAGGCGACAGUCUUACCACGAGGGCCGACAAUAUUUGACUUGCAAAAGAGCCUAUAAGAGUCGAGGAAAAAAUGCAGAGGUCGAAACAAGCCGGAAGUCCGGUUCAAUAAAGUGUAAAUGUCCUUUUGCGCUAUGGGGUAAAGAGGGUCGUGAUGGAUUAUGGCGUCUUACCAUCAAAAAUGGCAAGCACAAUCAUAAUCCUCAUAAAUAUCCACAAGGACUACGUUCGCUAAGUCGCCUUACUGAAGAGCAACGAGAAGUGACAAAGAUACUGAAAAAGAGCCAUGUGAAGCCGAAGGAAAUUUUGCAUCAUCUGAGGCAGAUGAAUCCGGAUACGGCUGCGUCCUUGAGAGAAGUGUACAAUGAAUCACAGAAAAUUAGACGAGAGGAAAUGAAAGGAAAAACAGUUAUACAACAUCUGUGGCACGAACUAAGUGAGAGUGGAUACAACAAAUGGCAUCGAACAAAUCCAGCUGGUGAUACAGUGCAAGACGUUAUGUUUGCGCACCCUGAUUCAAUAAAGCUUUUGCAGUUAUUUCCAUACGUCAUCCUGAUGGAUUGUUAUUUCCAUACGUCAUCCUGA